AUGACUGUCGUCUUUGUACACGUGAACGUCAAGAAUAUCAGCAUCACCUCCGAGUCUGUGCCCAUGUCUGCUUUUGCACCUGAGGGUGACCCAUUCAAGAACAUCUAUGACGCCAAACCGCUGGGGUCCUACAACUUCCAACAGGACAAAAAUAUGCCCUACUCCCUCGAUCUCAAACCUGGUGACAUAGUGGUCACUCAAUGCCUCUUGGAGAAGUUCACUGAAACCGGCACUAACCUAAACCGUGCUGCGUUCAAACUCAUCGGUGUCACUUACCUUGGCAACGGUCCUACACCCAAGAACGACAUUGCGACCCUCACUGCAUCUCCUUCAAAACGGGCUCUCUGUUUCCGCGAUGCGAAGCACGCACUCUAG